AUGCAAAAGUGCCGGGCGUUCAAUGGCGCUCUCGGCCGCAAGGCGGUCCCCGCCCCUGCGAGCGUGCGAGUCCAGUUCCAAGCGCAGCGCCGGAAUCUCCAGGAUGUCCAUAUCACGAGAACUGGAAAGCCUAUCCUCAAGAUUCAGGGAGGCCGAUCUUCUCUAGGAGGUCACACCGCCACUGUUUUUGGAGCGACAGGUUUCCUCGGUCGUUAUAUCGUCAACCGACUUGCUCGUGCCGGGUGCACUGUUGUCGUUCCUUUCCGCGAGGAAAUGACCAAGCGUCACCUCAAAGUCAGUGGCGAUCUUGGACGAGUUGUUUUCACGGAAUACGACCUUCGCAACACACAAUCGAUCGAAGAAAGUGUACGCCAUUCGGACGUCGUCUACAAUCUUGUCGGGCGCGACUACCCCACCAAGAACUUCACCUACGAGGAUGUCCACGUUGAUGGAGCGGAACGCAUUGCGGAGGCCGUGGCCAAGUACGACGUCGAUCGAUUCAUUCAUGUGUCCUCGUUCAACGCCUCUGAAGACUCGCCUUCUGAAUUCUUCCGCACCAAGGGUUGGGGUGAGCGUCUUGUGCGGGAAAUCUACCCGGAAACCACUAUUGUCCGCCCUGCUCCGCUGUUCGGAUAUGAGGACAAUCUGCUUCACAAGCUUGCUGGCGUCACUAACCUCCUCACUUCGAACCACAUGCAAGAGAGAUAUUGGCCAGUUCAUGCCAUUGAUGUCGGAAGUGCGCUCGAGCGUAUGCUCUACGAUGACCUUACUGCUGGCCAAACAUACGAGCUUUACGGACCCAAGCAGUACUCGACUGCUGAAAUCGCCGAGAUUGUCGACCGGGAAAUCGUCAAGCACCGCCGCCACGUCAACCUCCCCAAGGCCGUGCUUAAGCCUCUUGCCUUUUACUUGAACAAGUACCUCUGGUGGCCUACCAUGUCGGCCGACCAGGUGGAGCGCGAGUUCAUCGACCAGGUGAUCGAUCCCAGCGCAAAGACGUUCAAGGAUCUCGGCAUUGAGCCUGCGGAUCUGACCAACCUUACCUUCAACUACCUUAUGGGAUACCGGAGCUCCCAGUACUAUGACUUGCCGCCGGCGACAGAGCGCGAGAAGCGGGAGGAGAAGAAGUACCUGCACGUCUUGGACGACCAAUAA